AAAUCAUAUACUGAAGACAUUUCCAGUCUAUAGCAUAUAUAUCUAUGGUUUAGGCUAGGUGCUGGUGGGAGGACUUCCGCUGCUGACGCCGUAUCUGCACUGUGAUUGGUUGAAAUAUUUGCCACGCGGAAAAACGUUUCACAGAGGGAAUUUUUCAAAUCGAGAAGACUAGGCGCUCUGCGGUGUUCAGUGGAGAGGACAUUAACAACACAAACCAUGCAGAGACCAAUCAAAGGGCGGACUCCUCGGAGGCCAGGCCCAAAAAAGGCAUCCAACAUAGAGAAAGAUCCUGUUGGAGUAUACUGCCGUAUACGUCCACUUGGAGCAGAAGAUGAGGAAUGUUGUGUGGAGAUGAUCAGCAGCUCCACUAUUCAGCUACAUGCUCCUGACGGCCUUAAAGCCAACCGCAAUGGGGAAUACAAAGAGACCCAGUACUCCUUUAAAAAAGUAUUUGGUAUUAAUACCACUCAAAUGGAGCUGUUUGAGGAUGUUGCCAAGCCUCUGAUUGAAGACCUUAUUCAUUGUAAAAAUGGUCUGCUGUUUACAUAUGGCGUUACUGGAAGCGGUAAAACCUUCACCAUGACCGGCUCCCCGGGGGAAGGUGGACUCCUCCCUCGCUGUCUAGAUAUGCUCUUCAACAGCAUCGGCCCCGUUCAGGCCAAAAGAUUUGUGUUCAAACCCGAUGACAAAAAUGGGAUGGAGAUCCAGGGUCAAGUUGAUGCUCUCCUAGAGAGACAGAAGCGAGACAGUCAGCAGUCAGUACCCAGAACGCCAUCCUCCAGACAGAAGGCUGACCCAGAGUGCGCCGAUAUGAUCAGCUCAGAGGAGGCGUGUAAAUCUGAGAAUGUGGAUGAAGACUGUUGUUACAGCGUCUUUGUGUCCUACAUCGAGGUCUACAACAACUACAUCUAUGAUCUCCUCGAAGAUGCUCCUUUUGACCCCAUCAGACCAAAAGCGCCACAAUCCAAGAUUCUCCGGGAAGAUCAGAAUCAUAACAUGUACGUGGCUGGCUGCACAGAAGUUGAGGUCAAAUCUACAGAGGAGGCGUUUGGGAUUUUUUGGAAGGGGCAAAAGAAGAGGAGGAUAGCCAACACACAACUUAACCGUGAAUCUAGUCGCUCACACAGUGUGUUCACAGUAAAGCUGGCCCAGGCACCACUUGAUGCUGAUGGGGACCACAUUCUACAGGACAAAAACCAGGUGAAUGUGAGCCAGCUGUGUCUGGUUGAUCUGGCGGGCAGUGAACGCACCAGCAGAACCAGAGCAGAGGGAAGCCGUCUCCGUGAAGCAGGGAAUAUUAACCAGUCCUUAAUGACACUGCGCACAUGCAUGGAAGUCUUACGGGAAAACCAGAUGUGUGGAACUAAUAAGAUGGUGCCAUACAGGGAUUCUAAAGUCACACAUCUGUUUAAAAACUACUUUGAUGGAGAAGGAAAAGUCAGGAUGAUUGUGUGUGUCAACCCGAAGGCUGAUGAUUAUGAUGAAACUAUGCUGGUCAUGCGCUUUGCAGAGAUGACCCAGGAGGUGGAGGUGGCGCGGCCGGUGGACCGGACUAUUUGUGCCCUUGCUGCAGGACGCAGGCACAGAAACCGUGUCUUCAGGGAUGAGCUGUCCCGUCGCCUGGAAGAGCAAGGAGGUCCCAGUAAUGCCUUCGAUGACCCAGCUCUGCUGAAUCAGCUGAUGGAAAGCCUUCCAGCCAUGCCUCGUUGUGAGCUGGUGGACCCAGCUGAUGAUCAGACGUUGCCCCGCCUGAUUGAGGUCCUGGAAACGAGGCAUCGUGUCCGUCUGAUGUUGACCGAGCAGUUCAACAAAACUGCCAUAACACUGAAGGGUAUGAUUGAGCAGUUUGACAGUCAGCUCAACGCAAAGGAGACGCUCCUCCAUGAUCAGCGAAGCAAACUGAGCGAGAAAGAAAAAGUCCUCAUCAACCAGAGGACAGAGCUAGAGCGGUUAGAGAAAAAAUCCAAAACCCUGGAAUACAAGGUCGAUAUCCUGCAGAAGACAACGGACAUGUAUGAGCAUGACAAACGCUCACUUCAGCAGGAGCUGGAGACCCGGGAGCAACGGCUACAGAGAGAGCUGUCAGAGAGGAGGCGCAUGGAGCAGCAAAUGCAGGGCAUGGUCACAGACACCAAAUUUAAGUGGGAGAAGGAGUGUGAGAGGCGAGUGAACGCCAAGCAGCUGGAGAUGCAGAACAAGUUGUGGGUGAAGGAUGAAAAGUUGAAACAGCUCAAGGCCAUUGUUACAGAGAGCAGUAGCUGUGGCAACGGUGGGUUUCCCGCCGAGCGCCCAGAGAAACCUGAGAGGCCCUCACGGCAGCGAGAUCACUGCACGGGCCAGAAUAGGUCUGCCUCGCCGUCACCACUUCAUGACUUCAGCCAAACUCCCUCCCACCAAAAUCCAGCCAAUGUUAGGGCAGUUCAGGACGCGUACCCCACCUCCUCCACCUCAGCUUAUCCCUCAGUAGCCUCCUGCAUCUCUGACUGGGAGCACAGGUUCCCUGUAGACUCAAGCAGCCAAGCUAGGAGCCGGACUCCCGUCCAAUGCCACGGCACCAGCAGCGUGGGUCGCAGGAGAGGCCAGCGAUUGGCCACAGACACUGGUGCCCCUGCUACGACUCUUGUCGAUGGGCUCGACCUAGAGGCAGGCACAAGGACGGCCCCUCCGGUUCAUCCAACGCACAGGCGCUCACACUCUGCGGGUGGGGAGAAAUGGGUAGACCACAAACCAGCCUCUAAUUUGGACCUAGACACUGUCAUGCAGCCAAUCAUUCCCAAUGCAAUCGAGGUGUCGACCCCGAACGAGAAAGCUCUGUCUAAAUGCCACAAGUAUGUGCUUAGACAUCAAGAGCUUGCCUCAGACGGGGAAAUCGAGACCAAAUUGAUCAAGGGCAAUGUUUUUAAGACCAGAGGCGGAGGACAAGCUGUGCAGUUCACUGACAUUGAGACGCUAAAAGAGUGCUCAACAGCAUCAAGUCGCAAGAGGCGCUCAGGGUCUGGAGAUGGAGCUCAUAUCGAGGACUUAGAAAACAGGCCUCCAGUGGCAAGCACAAGUUCAAGCCUUUGGUAUCAAAAACGCAGAAAGCCUCAAGUGUGAAGUAUGGAGGAACUUUUUUCCUCUUGAUAACAUGGAAGGUUUUGCCUUGUGAAGGGACGGCCAUUUGAAACUAUGCAUCAGUCAGGGCAUUUUUUUAUUAUGAUGAUAUUCCUACAAUUUAUUAGAGUGCAUUUCUAAAUUUAAUUAUUGCCAAGAUGAUUGUUUAAGCAAUGUAGGAUAUAGCCAUUGUAAUUUGCUGGAUUAGUGUCCUUUUUUUCUUUUUGAAUGCUAAAAAUAUCACCGCAGCAUGGAUAUGUUGAAGGACAGUUGCGGUGCAGAAUGAACCUAGGGGUUAAUAACACAUGGGUACCGGGUCGACCGUGCUCUGGGAUAGGUUUUCAUGCUAAUCGAAUGGGACCAGUUUCAGCGCAAACCCCUAAUUAGUUUAUGAUGCUAGUCGUUGGGGUACUCGAAAGUAAAAAUAAAUUGCUAUUUCUAUACCACUAACAAGGCUACAUGUAAACCAGUAGAAUGGUUCAAGCACGGCGUUCGGUGACUGCUUUCCAAAGAUGGCGCCUGCCUGUAUGCCGAGCUGUACUGUCCUCAUAAUCUAUCUUUUUUUUUAAUAAACUGUCUGUACUAUUACAAAGUUCUCAGUCCUUCGGUUUACACGUGGGGCAUUGUGCUACAGUAGAAGUGUGGUGCUAUUUCGAUCCUUGUUAGUUGGAUAAAAUAGCGUUUUUCUUUUGUUUUUUUUAUUUACGCGAUUGAUUAGCAUGAAAACACAUCCCAGAGCACGGUCGACUCGGUACCCAUUUGUUAUUAACCCCUCGGUUCAUUUUGUGCCAGAAUUGUCCUUUUUAAUAGCUCAACAUAUAUUCUGGGAUAAAUUGAUUGUUUUAUUACGUAAUCUUGCCACAGCCUUUUUGUGCUACCCAAAGACUAGAAUAUUUGAGCUUUUGAACAAUGGAACAUGUUUAAUACUUUUACUUUAUAACGUCAUUGCUUGCCAGUUUUUCAAUUUAUUGGAUGUUAAACUGAGCAUAUGGUUGAUUACAAAAAGUACAAUAAAGUAAAGAAUAUAGUUAUUUUAGAAUUACAAUGUGUAAACCUGUAAAUAGAGCUGCUAAGUAGGUUUUGCUGUAAUCAAUCUAACUGUAAAUAAGUAUUAUGAAGCUUUUUACUUCAGUUUAUGGAAACAACUCCUGUGAUGUCCAUUUUUUGCUGGCAUUAAAUUCAUUCAAACACCAA